AUGAAGCUCGAUACUUUAUCAUUGAAAUAUAUCCAAAUAUUUUUUGUUGUUGUUAUUUAUUGGGUGAUUUCUAUUCUGACAGUAUUUGUAAAUAAGACUUUAUUGAGUAUUGACAAACUAGAUGUUGAUGCUCCUAUAUUCAUUGCAUGGUUCCAGUGCUUGGUUUCAGCAAUAAUUUGUUUCACCUUAAGUCGUUUGUCUAAGAUGUUUCCAACAGUAGUACAGUUUCCUGAGGGAAAUCCGUUUAAUACAGCCACUGUUAGAAAAGUAUUGCCAUUAUCAAUACUUUAUAUUUUAAUGAUAUCUACAAAUAACUAUUGUCUAAAAUUUGUGGAUGUUACAUUUUAUUAUGUGGGACGAUCACUAACAACGGUAUUCAAUGUCAUACUUUCCUACUUAAUAUUAGGUCAAACUACUUCAAUUAGUUGUCUCCUUUGUUGUUUUGCCGUAGUGUGUGGAUUUUUUUUGGGAGUAGAUCAAGAAAAUCUUUCAGGUUCAUUUUCGUUAGUUGGAACCUUAUUCGGAGUCUUAAGUUCAUUUUCGUUGGCAUAUUACUCUAUUCAAAUUAAAAAAGUUCUACCAGAUGUCAAUAACCAAAUUUGGUUACUUUCUUACUUCAAUAAUGUUUACGCUACUAUAUUAUUCAUUCCACUUUUAGCGCUUGAAGCUAAGGAAUUGAGCAAUUACAGUAAACUGACUGAGUAUAAAUUUCUAUUACUUAUGAUAAUCGGUGGUGUGUGUGGACUAUCAAUUGGUUAUAUAACAGUACUCCAAGUGCAAGUAACAUCUCCAUUAACUCAUAAUAUAUCUGGUACAGCAAAAUCUUGUUUCCAAACAGUAUUAGCUUCAUUCUGGUAUAAUCAGUGGAAAUCUUCUAUGUGGUGGUUUUCAAAUUUUGUUGUAUUGGGAGGAAGUGCCGCAUAUACUAUUGUAAAGAAUAGAGAAAUGGAAAAAAAAUAUCGACCAAUAGCAUACAGCCGUUGUUAG